AUGCUUCGGCGUAGCACUAUCGCGGCAGACAGCUUCAAGGAGCACUAUCACCGUGUCCACCUCCCACGACGGUUGGCGCUGCAACGCUACAUCCGCCAGCAGGGACUCCGAAACAAGGCCAAGACUCAGCAAGAGGUGCCUUACAGGUACAACCGCUGGUGGGUCAACGCCGAUCACGAGUUCGUGCAUCAAUACGCCUUUGUAGAGGAUCCAGAGGUGACGAAAGCUAAGCGUGAGGCGCUGCCGCCUGUGACGAAGGAAAACAUCUGGAAGGAGCCCCAGCAAACAUUCUUCCUGCCGUUCGCUCCCUACAUCCGCGUGGUGGAUUAUCCGAAGGAUCCUGAUGCAAAGUUCCUGAAACCGGUGAAUGUCCCCCGUUGGAAGGACUACAUGCAGCGCACAAAGCCGGUCGUGCCACGAACGUGGUAUUAA